AAUUUCGCACUACAUUUCGAUCGCUUUAUCUCUCUACCUGGCUCAGAACAAAGAGAAGGCUUAUAUCCAUAUCUCUGUCUACAUCUCUCGAUUCAAGCCCUUAAUUAGUUAACAAAUUCAGAGGCACAGAAGAUCGGUUCAAAGCUCAAACGGCGGCCGUCAGAGCGAAAUUUCUUGACCUAUGCAGAUUAAGAUUUUGAAUGACUUGCACAUGAUGAUUGGAGUGACACUUAAAUGAGAAGAAAGGAGCUAUUAAUUUUCCUGUCACAAAAGUUUAGCUGCUGAAAAUUUGUGUGGUGGGUUAUCUAUGCCUGGCAACGAAGUUGGAGAUAGGAUCCAUAAUUUCUUUGGCCAGGAGAACUUGUCUCAGGGCCAGCACCAAUCAGAGGUUGUUGAAGGGGUCUGGCCUGCACUAGGUAACAAUCUGUGGGCUGGUAGUCAAAGACAGAUUGGCACGCCUUUUAUUUCUAACUUGAAGAAUCACUCUGUACCACAAUCAGCUGAUUCUGAGAGAGGACAUGGGGAACAGUCAUCAAAUGUGCAGCAUGGUGUGAAUUUUUCUCAAUCAAUUCUGAGGACUGAGUUUGCUAGAAACCAAUCUCAAAACCAACAACCAACAUUGAAUGGGUACAUGCAUGGGAAUCAGGCUUUCCACACAAGGCAGAAUGAUGCAAACUUUUUGGGAAUGGAUACAGAACCUGAUCGACAUAAUUUAACGUCAAGAGGCUUUUCAAUUCUUGAUGUGCCUUUAGGAAGUGCCCCUGAACUUCAGAGAAAUUCAGUAAGGAUGGAGUUUAAUGAAUCCCCUGUUAAUUAUGAUUUUUUGGGAGGGCAACAGCAAAUGAGCAGCCAUCAUCCUGGCAUGUUGCAAUCUUUGCCAAGGCAGCAGUCAGGGAUUAGAGAUAUACAGCUACUACAACAAGAAGUCAUGCUCAAGCAAGUGCAAGAAAUUCAGAGGCAGCAACAGCAUCAGAAACAACAAUUACAACAGCAAGAAGUAAGGCAUAUGAAUUCUGUAAAUCAGGUUUCCCCUUUUGCGAAACAGGCAGCUUGCAGUCAUCCAUUGACUAUGCUCAAUGGCAUUCCUAUACAUGAUGCAUCUAAUUAUUCGUGGCAGCCUGAGCUUAUGGCAGGUAAUACAAAUUGGCUACAGCAGCGUGGUAUGUCUCCAGCAAUGCAAGGAUCCUCUAGUGGGCUUAUGUUUUCCCCUGAGCAUGGCCAGGCAUCACGCUUGACGGGAAUGAUUCCUCAGCAGGUUGAUCAAUCUCUUUAUGGUGUUCCUAUCUCUGGAAUGAGAAUUUCCCAAAGCCAAUACUCUCCUGUCCAAAUGGAUAUGUCUACAGUACAGCAGAUAUCAGACAGCAGUAAUUCCUUUUCAGGUAAUCAAUAUGCUGGGUUCCAAGUCCAUACUAGCAUGCUAGAUGGUACUUUGGCUUCUAGGCAGGGAUUAGGGACUGCUGAUAGCCAAGGCUUGGAUGGUGGAAUUAAUUUGGAAAACAUGCAGCAAUUAGAUCCUCAUCAAAGCAGUGGGCCUGGGCAUGAUUUUCAUAGGAGACAAGAUCUAGGUGGUCUAUCUGAAACAUCACUGGAGAAAACAGUAAUGGAGGUUACUCCUUCAAAGAAUGUGGCUACCCUAGACCCAACUGAGGAAAGGAUUUUGUUUGGUUCAGAUGAUAAUUUGUGGGAAGCUUUUGGCAGAGGUACGAAUGUAGGAUCAGGAGGGGUUAAUAUGUUGGAUGGCACUGACUUUCUCUCUGCAUUUCCUUCUGUGCAAAGUGGGAGUUGGAGUGCUCUCAUGCAGUCUGCUGUAGCAGAAACAUCAAGUGCUGAUAUAGGUCUGCAAGAGAGAGGUCUGACUUUCCGUGUUAGUGAGCCUUCACUUGAGAACCAACGGGCCCCAAUUGUGAAUGAUAGUGGCAAACAACAAUCUUCUGGAAUUGACAACAGAUUGCAGGCUGCCUCUAUGCCAAAUGCUAGACCCUAUGGUAUGUGUGAUGGCACAAACUCGAGUAUCAACUAUAAUAAUCUGCCAGGUGUCAAGCAAUCUGGAGUGAAUACCUUGCAUGAACAGAGUGAGAGGCUGCAUGCUGGUUCUUCUGAAAGGCUUGUUCAGUCUUUUUCUGGAGAGGGAUCCAAAUGGUUGGAUCAAAAUCCUUUCCAAAAGCCAGUUUCUGAAGGCAGCCAUAAUUAUGGCAAGGGUGCUCAGGCCUCAGAUAUAGAAACAAAUUCAAAGAGCAUUUUGGGUUCUUGGACAAAUGAACAGAGCAUAUCCUCUUAUAACACUGGUACCCAGCCAGGCAGUAGACUGCAUGGUUGGAAGUUAGUUGAUUCUGUGCCCCCAGGCACAGGUGCUGUUUUGAAGAACCAGGGUAAUGAGAAUGCAUUGCAAGCUUCUCAGAGUAAUGGGCUUAAGACUGCAAUGUUUGAGGUAAUGGGCUAUGGUGCUGGUACAUGGAAGACUGAUUGUGCUUCUAAUCCAAGUUUUGAAUUGGAGCGUUCAAAAUCCACCACUGGAAGCCCACAGGUCAAUAGAGAAGAUUCUGACCUGAAUAACGUUGCUGCAUUGCCUGAUUCAAGCACUCUAAGGGCUAACCAGGAAAGCAGCCAGCAGCUUCCCAACGGUAAUAAUAUUGAUAUCUGGAAUAAUGUUGCUUCUUCAGUCAACACUGAAGGGCGGGGCUUUUUAAGAAAAUACCAACCUUCUAUGGAUAAGAGGCAUAAAACUUUGGAGUCAUCAGGACAUAAUAGUUUUGGCAAUGGUGCUGUUGAAACUCAUGAUUAUCCUGAUACAAAAGAAAGCAAAAGUGAUACCUUCCACAAUGUAUCCCAUCAUACUUCUACAAACAGUGCUAGAGGAAAUACUUGGCUAGAUGCCAAUGGUUCACCUGCCCCAUCUGGAGGAAAACUAAAGUCAUCUAUGCAUAUUGGCCGUAAGCCUUCAGGAGUCCGUAAAUUUCAGUAUCAUCCCAUGGGGGAUCUGGAUGAUGAUGUUGAACCUUCUUAUGGAACAAAACCUGUCACACAUCCACAUUCCAUGCUGAUGCAGAUUCCUCCAGGGUUAAAAGGUCAUGAUCAGGAGGAUAAUGAGAAAUCAAAACUUUCUACUCAGAUAUCUAGAAGUUCCACAGAAUUUGAAAAGCUUCAUUUUCUGGGUCAAGGAGAAACAAACAACUUAGACGGGAUUAAUAUCAAGAACUCAGUUCCAGGUUCUGCACCCAGUACUUCUACUUCCUUUGACAGAGCUGUUUACAAUCACACAAGCAGCAAGGCAACACCCUCAAGUCAAAAUAUGCUUGAGCUUCUUCAUAAGGUGGACCAAUCAAGGGAGCAUGGAAAUGCAACACACUUCAGCUCUUCUAACUGCAAUCAGUCUUCUGAGUUGCAUGAUUUAAAAAAUUCUGAUAGAUUGGUUCACCUCCAACAAAAUCAGGCUUCGACUUCUCAAGGUUUUGGUUUACAACUUGCUCCCCCAUCUCAAUCCAUGCCUAGUCAAGACCAUGACCUAUCUUCUCAGACAAAUAACUCCCUCAGCUCAACUUGUGUCCCUUCUGAAGUAGGGGAGAAGAAUCAUAAAUGGUUGGCUUCCACCACAUCUGUUCAAGGUUUGCCUAUUUCUUGUGAAACGUCUCAAGAAGAAUUGAGAAAUAAUAUACAUGGUAUCUCAGGAUAUACUGGCAAGAAUGCCCAGGGUAAUUUUUGUACUGCUCUUUCCCCUGGAUUUCCUUAUUCAAGAAGUCAUAGUCAAAAUCCGCACAUGCGUGAGGUGGGCUCACGGGCAACCACCACUCAAUCUGGCAAUGCAUAUUUUGAUAGGUUUGCAUCUCAGUCUAAACAGGCAUCUGAGUCUUUUGAACGAGUUCGAAGUGGUCAGGCAGCACUAGCAUCUUUGCCAGACAUGUCUAGAAUUACUUCACAUAAUGACGUUAAUUCCUCUGAUGAGAUGCAUAAGUUCAGCAAUAACAACCAUUAUGAUGCAAAAGAUUGUGCCCAACAAUUUCCGGUUUUGGAAGCUGUACCAGCUGCUCAGGGUUCUAAUAGAUCUGGCAAAUCACAGGAGUAUGCUUCUGCAAAAAUGUCCGCUCCUGUAUGGACCAGCGUUUCAACACAGCAACCUUCAUUUCGUAUGCAGGAUUUUAAGUCUUCAUCUGAUAUGCUUAAAUCCAAUAUUCAAUUAAAUAAUGAAUCAGAAGCAACUUCCUCUAUACCGCAGAAGCUAGAAGGUCAUGGGGUACAGAUGGUAAAGAAGGAUCCGUCUGAAUCUGUUGCAUGUCCCAUUAGUUCACAUGGUUUUGUUGGGAAAGAGCAAGCAGCAAAGGGCGACCUAGGACAGCAAGUUUCACCUGAUAAUGACCAUGCUCAGAAGACAACUUCUGUCUUAGAAGGGAAAGAAUCUGUUGCAGAUUGUCUUACUGGCACUUCUCUUGUAAACCCUGCUAGUACCCAAAGAGAGAUUGAAGCAUUUGGCAGAUCAUUAAGGCCUAAUAAUGUUUUGCAAGAGAAUUACUCCUUAAUGCAUCAAGUGAAGGGCAUGAAAAAUGCAGAGGUGGAUCCAGACAAUACGAGUUUGAAGAGAUUUAAAGGUCCUGAUGGUGCUAUGGAUGCUUGGCAAGUAGGCCUCAUGGGUGGACAGCAGAUCCAUGGUCACAAUAAUAUGGUCAGAGAUACAUCAACUAAUUGUGCUUCAAGUCCUGCUGGAGAUGCUAAGGUGCUAAGCUUUUCACCGAGACCAACAGAUGUUGGGGAUGCAACUGCCCCUUCUCAGGAUGCACUUGGAUUUGGUCAAAAUGAUUCUCAGAAUUUUGCUAAUAGCAGUGCAGUUUUGGUGCAAACUGAACGUUCUCAGAUCAGUCCCCAGAUGGCCCCGUCCUGGUUUGAUCAGUAUGGCGCUUUUAAAAAUGGGCAGAUGUUACCUGAUGCACGGAAAGCUGUCACCAUAACUAGUAGCGAACUUCCUUUCACUGUUGGAAGGCCUUCCAAUAGUUUGCAUGCUCAUGGCCCAGUGGAGCAAGAAAAUGUGAUUGCUGUUGAUGCUAGUCAGCAUGGUCUUCUCCAAAAGGGUUCAUCCCUCUCACCACUAGCAUGUGAAAAUCUCUCUUCCCCUCAGUUGAUGCAUCCUGAUGCUGUUGAUGUGAGCUUGGCUGCUGUUAGACCAAAGAAGCGUAAAACUGCUACAUCAGAACUUGUACCAUGGAAUAAACAAGUAGUGCAUGGCCUUCAAAGGCUUCAGACCAUCAGUUCGGCAGAAGUGGCCUGGGCUCUUGCUGCAAACAGGUUGACUGAGAAGUUGGAAGAUGAAACUGAAAUGGUAGAGGACAGACCACCAGGGUUUAGAAAGAGGAGGCUUAUAUUAACAACACAGCUUAUGCAGCUGCUGUUUCAGCCCCCUUUGGCAUCAGUUCUGUCUGCAGAUGCUAUAUCACAUUAUGAGAGUGUUGUACACUUGCUUGCUCGAUCAAUCCUGGGAGAUGCCUGCAGCACGCUCACUUGUGCUGGAAGCGAAACUCCUGUGCCUUCCAGCAAUGGAAAUCUCCGACCCGAGAAGCUCAAAACAUCUGAGAGUAUCAGCAACCAGUACUUCUCAAAAAUUGUGGAAGACCUGAUCAGUAGAGCAAGGAAGCUAGAAAAUGACAUCUUGAGAUUGGAUAAGAGAGCAUCGGUUCUAGACCUGAGAGUGGAAUGCCAAGAGUUAGAGAAGUAUUCUGUUAUCAACCGUUUUGCCAAGUUCCAUGGCCGGGGCCAAGCUGAUGGGUCUGAGACCUCAUCAUCCUCUGAUGCACUUCAGAAACCCUGCCUCCAAAGAUAUGUUACUGCACUUCCAAUGCCUAGGAGUCUCCCUGACAGGGUACAAUGUUUUCCACUUUGAUCAUUAAUUUAUUGAUUCUUAUCUCUCUUGGCCAGUUAUCUCCACAUCCAUCAUGCUUAUCUGAUUUGCUACCAACUCGUAUAGUAGCACUUUCUUACUGUGGAACCACACAGAUGAGAUUGUAGGAGGCUUGGAUGCUAGUUUGUCUCCUUAAAAGCAAUGGAGGCUCUUAGAUCUGUUCAACCUAGGCCAUUGAUACGUAUUCAUUCUUGAGAGAUUAAUCUGGUCUUGUAUACUUCAUUGAAUGAUUAGAGGAAAAUGGGGUUCCCCACUGUUUUUUUUUCGGUAAAUGGGGGACAACGGAUGGCAGGUCUGUCUUAGUAAUGAUAUUCACACACAGCUAAAAAUUCAUUAAGUGUUUGCUUACGAGGCUUCCAAUCAUGGAUUUCUAUGUGUGAUAUGGGUCAUGGAUUUGUAUCUGUGAUAGGGUUUUACCUUCUUCCCUUCCUUUCUGGAAGAAGAAAAGAAAAAAAAAGAGGGGAUAGGGCAUAGAGGGGGUGGGGGUGGGAUUAUUGGGAGAGGGGCAGUGAAUUUCAAAGCCCAAAGUCUUGGCUUUAGUGCAAUAAUGAUGUUUGCUUAGAUUUGGCCAUUCCAUUAUUUUGUACAAACUGGUUGAAUUUUUCACAGGUAUCUGUGGGAUUUCUUUAUCCAAGAAAUUGAAAAAAAUGUAAAGAUGCUGAAGUUGACAAAAUACGGUCCAGAUAAAAAAAGUUUCCAUAUUUGGUUUUCCAACAUCUUACUCUGUUAUCCUUCUCUCCUUCUCUUCCUCAUCAUCUUCUUUUUUGGAUAUAACUUAAUUUUUGGUCAGUGGAUUCAGCUACGAGAUCAGUUGGGCUUAUGGCAGUGUUAGUAUUUUUCAUUUUCGAUAUUUGUAUUUCAAAGGCAAAAAAGUGCCCCAGUGCUUUAUAGUCGCAGAGAAUUAAAUUGUUAAUGAUAUACUUAGACUUCCUGGUAUAGAAAGUGACCAAAAUUUUCUUUCUUA